UUUCCAGUACGAGUCAUGCUGGUCAUCAAGACAUGGAUAUGACAAAGUAAAGAAUGCAAAACUGUCUUUCCUUUAGAAUUUCACUUUAGAGGCAUAAACGUAAAAGUCGUAGCAAAACAUCCUAGGUUUUUAUUGCGUCUGCUGAUUUCUGACAGAGUGAAGGGAUGGAGAUCGAGUCUAUGGCAGCGAACACUGCUCUGAUCAGGGCUAGAGAAGGUGGUGGUGGCAAGCACAAAGGGAGAAGCAGGAGGUGGAAAGAGCUGCUGCAGUUUCCUCACAUUAACGAGUGCGCCGGACUGGAACAGAAUGUUGAACGAGACUACUAUAGCCUGUGUGUGGAACAGCCUAUAGGAAAGGCAUUAUUCCAACGCUACUGUGAGACAAAACCAGACCUCAAAUGCUGCAUUGACUUUCUGAAUGAAACGGAAGAGCAUGAUGUAAUACCACCCGAAAAAUGGAAAAGCUACGGGAAUGAAAUUAUUUCAAAGUAUCUCAACACUAAGGAGAUACCAGAUAACCAUCGGGAGAUAUGCAAGCAAAACCUGGAACAAGACAUUUCCUACAGUCUUUUCAGCGACUGCAGAAAAACUCUGCAUGAAUAUUUAAGCGGAGAGCCUUUCAAAGAUUAUCAGAAGAGCAUGUAUUUUGACCGUUUCCUUCAGUGGAAGAUGAUUGAAAGAUACCCAGUCACAAGGAGCUCAUUUCGAGAAUACCGGGUUUUGGGAAAAGGAGGAUUUGGGGAGGUAUGUGCAUGCCAGGCUCGGGCAUCCGGCAAAAUGUACGCUUGUAAGAAACUGGAAAAGAAGCGCAUCAAGAAGCAGAAGGCAGAAAUCAUGGCGCUCAACGAAAAGCAAAUCCUGGAGAAAGUGAACAGCAGAUUUGUGGUCAGUUUAGCUUAUGCAUAUGAGACCAAGGAAGCGCUUUGCCUGGUGCUGACCAUAAUGAAUGGAGGAGAUCUGAAGUUUCACAUAUAUAAGAUUGGCUUUCCAGGAUUAAGCAAGGAAAGGGUGCAGUUUUAUGCAGCUCAGGUCCUAUGUGGCUUGGAUCAUCUUCAUCAAAACAACAUUAUUUACAGGGAUUUAAAGCCUGAAAACAUCCUCUUAGAUGAUUACGGUCACAUACGCAUAUCUGACCUGGGCUUGUCAGUAAUCAUAAAAGAAGGAGAGCUCAUUCGUGGAAAAGUGGGAACAGCUGGAUACAUGGCUCCAGAGGUCAUUGGUGAUAAGUACUACAAUGUCAGUGCAGACUGGUGGGGACUCGGUUGUCUCAUCUACGAGAUGACCGCAGCGGCUCUUCCGUUUCGAGAUCGGCACGAGCGAAUGCACCGGAAGGAACUGGACAAAAGAGUGCUGGAAACCACAGAGAACUACGGGGUCAGGUUCACAGCGGACACCAAAGACAUCUGUCAAGCGCUCUUGGCCAAAAAUCCAGAGGAAAGACUUGGAUGCGGUGCUGGUGGUGUAACCGACAUUAAAAAUCAUCAGUUCUUCAAGGAGAUCAACUUCAGACGGUUAGAGGCUGGAAUGCUGGAGCCUCCUUUUGUGCCAAAUCCAAAAGCCGUGUACUGCCAUGACGUCGUGGAUAUCGACCAGUUCUCCACAGUGAAGGGAAUCAACCUUGAUGUAAACGAUGAAGACUUUUACACCAAGUUCAACACGGGCAGCAUGGCCAUCCCAUGGCAGAAUGAGAUGAUUGAGACAGAGUGCUUUAAGGACCUGAACGUAUUCGGGCCAGACGGCACGAGGACGCCGGAUCUUGAUCGUUCGAUUAAGGUUGGCCAGAGCCUUAAAUCUCAGACUAAGAGGAUGCACCAUCAGCCAUCAAGGACCAAAUCCAGGCUGAUUGAAAAAAUCUUCAGAAGACAUAAUCGUGAUGAACCCACAGAGCAGAAGAGCAAACCAUCAAGGAAGAGUACAGACGAGCUCCGAAUGAACUUAUUAGACUCUUCAUAUGAGACCUUGUAAAUACACACAGCACCUAUAAACAGAUCUAGUUUCUACAGAAAUGUUAUAAAGGUUUGUGUAGCUGAAAGUAUGUGUGCCUAGUUAAAAAAUGUAACUAGGAUUUAAACUAGCAGGCUUGGUGCUGACAUUUUUUAUGGAUCAUUGUCACAGUGUGAAGGAGUAAAUAUCUGCCUCUUAAGGAGUAAGUGCUUACUCUCUUAAAGAGUAUCUAUACAAUUACUUUGAUUUUUUUAAUUCAGUUGUUUUAUACUGUUACAUCUUAUCUAAAUAUAUGACUGAAAAUCAGUGAAAA